CGUCCGUUGACGAAACCACAAACACUCAGAUCCAGGUCCUACCUAGGUAGAUAUGGUCUUGUGGGCACAAACAGUCCGUUGCCAGCAGCAAAAGCAAAUUCGCAUAUGCUGUUGAAAGUCAGGAUUGACGCGUGUUCGGUGGAACUCUGCCAUCAGCAAAGAUGACUUCAGACGCCGUGAUUACAACAUGGCAGCAGGCCUUUGAAGAGAAUCGCGUUCCGCAAAUACGUGCCAUAGAGAAGAACCUGCGCGCCCGUGCAGCGCGGAACAAAGAGAAGCUGCGAAAUACUGUCGGGGGGAGUUAUCGCGAACUGCUGGCAACUGCAGAAGCGAUUGUGUCACUGCAAGCGAAGGCAAAGGUCGCAGAAGAACACCUCGCAUCCAUAAGCCAUAACUGCCGGCCACCGCAGCAAGAUGUGUCUCCCCGACCACCUUCUGCCGACAAGGUGGCAUUGGCCCAAAUGCGACUGCUACAGCGAUGUUGCACGACCUCAGCCACGGCCUUGCGAACUCGCGACCUUCUCCAAUGCGCCCAGCUCGUUGUAAUUUCUCGCUUGUUGUUGAAGUCGCUCGGCGAUCAGCAAGAAGGGCUGAACCUGGCAUCGAGCCUGGAAUUGUUGAGAAAUAAGAUCGCCAUGCUACGACGACAACUGCUUCGACAAGUGGACUCCAAACUGGUGAACCCCGUCUCCUCACGUUCAGAUCUUGUCGAGGCUCUAUGCUCCUAUUGCUUAGUGACCAGUGUCUCGGCGGAAGACGCGCUUAGCCACUGUCGCCAGCUGAGGCUUGACAAGCUCCGGCGAUGGCUGAGUCAAUCAGCCGACCGCACCAUCAUCUGUCAGGCUCUUCGAUAUCAACUUGCGUCACUCCAGACUUUCAAGUCUGUGGCGGGUCGUCCCCUUACUGAUGCAAUGAACGGGCUUCAGAAAAGGCCUAUUUUGGACGGUCCUGCUCUCAAAGACCUCGAGACGUUGGACCUGGACAGGACUUGGCCAUUACUGCCUAAAGAGAUCAAAACUUUUGUGCCAUACUUCAAGCGAAGUGUUUCCACCCCGGACGCAACACAGGCCGCGUUGGAGACCUGGUCUCAAGAAGCGUCUCAUCUGCUGUCCGGGGCAAUGGACGGGUAUCUUUCGAGUGUGAAAGACAUGACUGCGGUUCUCGAACUCCGGAAAGAACUUUAUACCACUUUAUUGCCCUCGUACUUUUCCACUCCGGCCGGCAUGGACAUUAUUCAGGAGAUACGCUGGUCUCUGAAUCAAAGGCUGUCAGGUAUCUGCCAAGCAAAAGGCUUACAACUGACGGAGUUAACGAGACGGUUGGUUGAGGGCGUCACCACCUCUACGGCAAACAAGCCCAAGUUGCUCUGGGACGACGAGCUAGUUCAAGCAGACUUAGGCAAUACCGGUGUAUCCAGAUCCGGAUCUCGAUUCAUCAAGCAGGUCAAGAACCGCCAUGCCGGCCUCAACCUGGUGUUGGCGAAAGCAUCGAAACGAAUGGAUGCCUGGAUCUCGUCUGCGAACGCGACUCGGGAUGAAAUCAACCAGCUUCCCAAGAUCCGAUGGAGAGAUAUCAUCGAAGAGCCCGAAGAAGAAGACGAUCAAGAAGAUCAGGCUGCCGCGCUAGUCAGAGAGCUCUGUGAAACGGAUCCGGAAAGUUAUACCAAGGCACUGCGGGAGUCGCUGCACGAGGCUCUCGAAGACUAUGAGAAGAACAUGAUUCAAACUGCAUCCACCAUCAUCAACGAUGGUGAAAUCUCCAACCCCCCAUCCGAUGGCAAUAUCAACAUCAUCCAAGCAGUCACGUUGCUCCGCUCGAUACGAAUGUCACUCGCAUCACUGCAUCAAGCGUUCCCAGGCGAGAGCCAGAAGUUACUUGUCAGUCUCGACAACAUCAUAACAGACUUAAAUCGGGUCAUCGCAAACGAGGUUGCCCGCCAGUUAUCCCAGGCCCUGCAGCGCAAAAGAAGGGGCGCCACCACCAGCGGCAACGGCAACGGCAACAGCAACAGCAGCAAUAGGCCAAAACCCAAGCUAAACACUAGUGCCCCGUCACACCUGCCAGACGGCAUGCCUUCGCCCACGGCGUUCUCAACCCUCCGCACCUUGUGCAAAAUCAUGCUCGACCUCGGUGGGACUGAUUUGUGGUCUCCGCCGGCCGCGAUGAUGGUCAAGGACGCCGUCCGGCAUCAAAUCUUCGAAACUGAUGAUGCUGGGAAAACCAAAUCUCUGUAUACGGUCACGGAAUUCGACGAGGCCUAUCUAGGCGCUGCAUUGUCCGAUAACACUAACAAAGCGCCAAACCAGGUGGAGGCAGACUCGAAGGCAAUGGACACGAAAACCUCCCAAAAAGCUGCUGCUGUAGAUUAUUGGACGAGGACAAAGUUGUUGUUUGGGUUGCUUGCUUGAGGGCUUAAUACCUCAUCACUGCAUGGCUACCAGUAUCCCAGUUUUCCGAUCUGAGUUUAUCUAUGUACCUCCAAGGAAGAUUGACCAGGGGAGCUUUCGGAAGAAAUCAUCGAGAAAGGAGAGAAGAGAGCCGUUGUGAUCUCAGGACAUCUUAUAAUGCGCAUGCCUAUGACUGUUGACUGUCACGUUGAAUUAGACAUCGAUACAAAAAACAGAACCAGAUCAGAACAUCCAUUUGCUAUUUUGUGGAUGGGUAUCUCGGGCCAAUAUUAAUAUCGCAUGCAUCCAGGGAGUUUCCCAUACGUUGCCCAUGGUCACAGACUCUGGUCUUGAAACUCGAACAAGCUUAUACGCACGGCCUGUACCGGUUGAAACGCAGGAUCCUCGACCUGAUAGACAGCCAUUUGAUGGGCUUUACCUCCAUACCCUGCAUCGAACGGACAAGCUUUUGGGCCUACUGAACUUCUGUAUCCAAAUUACCCAAAGGCAGUAAACAUGCUGAGAAUGGAGGAGGAGAAGCAGGGCAGAAGGUAUCGCCGGACAAAUGCUAUCAUCGCCAUUAAUAACCACCAGGUGUGAUAUUUCCGCCAGAAGACGAUCGAGUUGCCUCGCUUUUGGUCCUUGUUUUAAAUCUCCACAUCGCCCUAGGCACACGAGCUCGGUCGAGCGACCGAGUCAUCCAUGGCUUGAUCCCCAUUCUUCCCACGAGAAAAGAUGGUACUUCUCUGCACAGAUAAACUCGGCAGAGCUAAUUCAGAACAAACACGCCCCCAAAGCAAGAGCAAAGC